AUGGUCGUCGAGGAUGUCGUCGUGGAGACAACCACCGUGGAGGAGCGGGCCUGGGGCUACAGAGACUACGUCGAGGCCCUCGAGGAGGAGAGGCGGAAGAUCCAGGUCUUCCAGCGGGAGCUUCCGCUCUCUCUCCGCCUCGUCACCCAGAGUGAGGAUCUCUUCCCCUACAGGCUUCAAUCGCCAUUAUUUCUGAAGAAUGGGGAGAAAUUUUAAGCAUUUCAAUCUGGCUGCAUCUCUUGCAGCCAUUGAUAGCUGCCGGCAGCGGAUGGCGGGGGGCGGCUGCCGCUCGGAGGCCGACGAGGAGGAGACAUCGUGCGAGGGUGGACCCAUUCUGGAAGAAUUCAUUCCCAUCAAGCGGAGGUCCUCACCGGGACCCGACCAAGGGGAGGAGGACGUCCACCGCCCAGAGCAGAUUAGCAAUGCCACCCACCAUGAAGAGGACAGCUUCAGCUCCUCCAAACGGAAGAACCAGGAUUUUUCUGAAAAGAAGCCCGACUGGCUUAGAUCUGUCCAACUAUGGAGCCCCCUCCCAGAUCCUCACCACGAUGAAGAUGAUGUAAGAUUUCUCUCUCUCUCUCUCUCUCUCUCUCUCUCUCUCUCAGGUGUUUGACAUAAUUUUUGAGCUAUUUCUCCCAUUUUGGGGUUUCUUACACCCCGAUUAAUGUAACAGGAGACUUCUAGGCAAUCCAUUGUUGCUGAUCGGAACAAGGUCACCAGCGCAUUCCACCCUUUCCUCCCUCAGAAGCGAUCCCCACCACUGGCAACAGGGACCGGCGAGGUGGCGACGGCGCCAGGCCUGGUUAAGCCGGCACCGGCUGUGAGCUGCACUUCCGACGGCCGGGGGAAGAGCAGCGGGAGCGGUGGCGAGGACAAGGACGCGCAUCCCAAUCGCAAAGCUCGGCGGUGCUGGUCGCCGGAUCUUCACCGGCGUUUCCUCGAUGCCUUGCAGCAGCUAGGCGGUUCCCACGGUACGCUAUGCAAUUUCGUGAAAUUGAAUCUUUCCACCGAAGGGUUCCUGAUUCUUUGUGACGGAAAGCCGAUCCUGUUGAAAAUAUUGGAUCUUUGUUAUUUCGCAGUUGCAACGCCGAAACAGAUCCGAGACCUGAUGAAGGUGGAGGGCCUGACUAACGACGAGGUCAAGAGCCAUCUUCAGGUAUAUUCCAACAUUAACGUCAUUUAGGCAGACCCAUGAGAGAAAACCUUUGUAUUUCCACCCACCACUAUAGCAGAUAUUUCCCCGUCCUCCAUCUCCCCACGGCCAAUGGUUCUUCCGAGGCGGCGAAGAGGGGGGCGGGAGGACCGGUCACAGCCUCUUCUGCCUCUCCCCCCGUCUCUUACAUUUCUGCCAUUUGUUUUCUGGCAAUCACUUAAUUCACGUUGCUUUCGCUAUGGAUCUCCUCGCGGAGCUAAGAUUCGGUAACAUCUGACUAUCCUCCUCAUCCGUUCCCAUCGCUUUCCUCCGUCAAGGCUCUGGUCUCCUUUUACACCUUGCCAACCUCCACUUCUGGUCCCCCUCGGGAGAAACCAGGUAGAGUUCUUCGCUUAAGAGAGGAGGAAAGUGACGGAUUCCUCUGAAUCUCUUUACCCUCGAACACGGAAACCUUUGAAACCCUAACGGAAGGCGUUAUAGUGAAUUAGCAUUCCACGCUUCAUUCAUACAAAUUAGCAUUAUCUUUUUCGUUUAUUCCUGGUUUCGUGCUGACGUUGAUCUUCUCGGUCCCCCGCGGUUUCAGAAAUUCAGACUACAUUCACGGCGGCCGAGCCCCGCCAUGUCUCAUAGCAACGCCGCCAACGCUCCACCGCACCAAGUUGUCUUCCUCGGUGGCUUAUGGGUGCCCCCACCUGAAUAUGCUGCAGCAGCGGCCGCCGCCGCGGCGCAUCCGCCUCCGCUGACGGAAGGGAUGGUCUGCCCGCCAAUCUAUGCACCCGUGGCGUCACUACCGAUGCUGAACCACCAGCAGCAGCAGGCAAAGCAGCCGCAGAGGUCUCCUAGUGGUCCACUGCCCAAUGGUGGCCGAGGCACCCGAGAGGACCAGAGGGGAGUAGACGACGGCGCCACCCGCUCCAACUCUCCUGCCACUUCUUCUUCGUCGCACACGACCUCCGUUUCUCACUUCAACCGUCAUAAUAUUGCCCAGAGUUGCUGA